AUGUCCAAAGCUGAUGAAGUUGUGUCUACUGUUGAGGAGUAUAAAUCUCUGUAUCAGAAGCAUGGUUGCAGUUCUGAAGGCAAAGAAGAAGAAGAAGAAGAGAGGAAGUCUAACUACUAUGAUAAGUCAAAUACAUACUAUGAUGUGGUCACUCGCAGUUAUGAAUCUCGCUGGGGAGAAUCCUUACAUUUUGCAUCAAGAUGGAAAGGGGAAACAUUUAGAGAGAGCAUAAAGCGACAUGAGCACUUCAUUGCUCUCCAGCUUGGCUUCAAGCCUGGACAAAAGGUUUUAGAUGUUGGAUGUGGAAUUGGGGGACCAGCAAUAGAAAUCUCUCGUUUCAGCAAGACAUCAGUAACAGGGUUGAACAGUAAUGAGUACCAAAUAAGCAGAGCAAAGAGUGUUUCAUACUGUUUCCUUCCCUAA